AUGCACAUCAGUAUCUGCUCGUAUUCGCUUUCCGUGGUCAUGUCAGCUCUAUACCAAGGCGCGGACGCUUCCUCUCCGGAUAAAUUUCUGGCCUUGAAGGACGUGAGGGAAGUGAAGGAGGAAACGACGCUGGAUGAGAAGCUCUAUCUCCUGGCCUGCGAGAAAGGUGACUACUACAUGGUGAAGAAGUUACUUGCGGAAAACCGGCAUGGCGAGCUCAACAUUAACUGCGUGGACGUUCUGGGAAGAGAUGCAAUCACCAUUACUAUUGAAAACGAGAAUUUGGACAUACUGCAGCUGCUGUUAGACCAUGGUUGCCAGGCCACAGAUGCCUUGUUGGUGGCCAUUGACUCUGAGGUGGUUGGAGCCGUAGACAUUCUUCUCAAUCACAGGCCGAGACGAUCUUCCAAACCAUCCAUUGCGAAACUGAUGCAGCGGAUCCAGAACCCAGAGUACUCCACCACCAUGGACGUGGCUCCGGUGAUCCUGGCCGCGCACAGGAACAACUAUGAGAUCCUGACCAUGCUGCUGAAGCAGGACAUCUCUCUGCCCCGGCCUCAUGCGGUGGGCUGCGAGUGCACCCUCUGCAACGCCAAGAACAAGAAGGACAGUCUGCGCCACUCCAGGUUCCGGCUGGACAUUUACCGCUGUCUGGCCAGUCCCUCGCUCAUCAUGCUGACGGAGGAGGACCCCAUUUUGAGAGCGUUUGAACUCAGUGCUGACCUGAAGGAGCUGAGUUUGGUGGAAGUGGAGUUCAGGAACGACUACGAGGAGCUGGCAAAGCAGUGUAAGAUGUUUGCCAAGGAUCUGCUGGCUCAGGCUCGAAACUCCCGAGAGCUGGAAGUCAUCCUCAAUCACACGUCCAACGAGGAUCACGUCAACAAACGAGGCCUGAUGGAGGAACGCAUGAACCUGAGCCGCCUCAAGCUCGCCAUCAAGUACAAUCAGAAAGAGUUUGUGUCCCAGUCCAAUUGCCAGCAGUUCCUGAACACCGUAUGGUUUGGGGAGACGGCCAGUUACCGCCGUAAGCACACGUGUUUGAAGAUCGCCACGGUGCUGAGUGUGACCGUGCUCUGGCCCCUGCUCUCCGUCUGUUACCUGCUGGUGCCUCGCUCCAGGGUGGGACAGAUCAUCCACACGCCCUUCGUCAAGUUCAUCAUCCACAGCGCCUCCUACCUGACCUUCCUGCUGCUGCUCAACCUGUACUCGCUGGUCUACAACGAGGGCAUGAAGAACACCAUGGGCCCCGCGCUGGAGAUGAUCGACUACCUGCUCAUUCUCUGGAUCAUAGGCAUGGUGUGGUCGGACGUGAAGCGCUUGUGGUACGAAGGCCUGGAAGACUUUCUGGAAGAGUCGAGAAACCAGUUGAGCUUUGUGAUGAAUUCGCUUUACCUCGCCACAUUUGCCCUGAGGAUUGUGGCUCACAGCAAGUUCAAGAAUGUGGCCGACACGGAGAGGAAGAACUGGGACGCAUUCCAUCCCAUCCUAGUGGCCGAGGGUCUGUUUGCUUUCGCCAACGUCCUGAGUUACCUGCGACUUUUCUACAUGUACACCACCAGCUCCAUCCUGGGGCCGCUGCAGAUCUCUAUGGGCCAGAUGCUGCAGGAGUUUGGGAAGUUCCUGGGCCUCUUUCUCUUGGUUCUGUUUUCGUUCACCAUCGGAAUGACCCAGCUGUACGGAACCGAGAUGAGAGACCGCGACAAGAAGCCGCCCAAAGACUGUGAGGGCAUCUUCUGUGAACAGCAGAGCAACGACGCCUUCCACUCGUUUAUGGGGACAUGCUACGCUUUGUUCUGGUACAUUUUCUCCUUGGCCCACGUCGCUCUCUUCGUCACCCGCAUCAGCUACACCGAGGAGCUGCGUUCCUUUGUGGGCGCCAUGAUCAUCGGCACGUACAACAUCGUGGUGGUCAUUGUGCUGACCAAGCUGCUGGUCGCCAUGCUGCACAAGAGCUUCAGGCAGAUAGCUAAUCACGAGGAUAAGGAGUGGAAGUUUGCCAGGGCCAAGCUGUGGCUAAGCUACUUUGACGACAAGUGCACCCUGCCUCCGCCGUUCAACAUCCUCCCCUCUCCCAAAACUGUGUGCUACUUGGUGACCAGCAUGAGGAAGUGGAUCUGUUCACAUACGUCCAAAGGCAAAGUCAAAAGACAGAACAGCCUCAAGGAAUGGAGGAACCUAAAGCAGAAACGGGACGAGAACUACCAGAAGAUCAUGUGCUGCCUGGUUCACCGAUACUUGACCUCGACGCGGCAGAAGAUGCAGAGCAUGGACCAGGCCACAGUGGAAAACCUCAACGACUUGAGACAAGAUCUGUCCAAAUUUCGCAACGAGAUGAGAGACCUGCUGGGCUUCCGGACGUCCAAAUAUGCCAUGUUCUAUCCCAGGAGCUAA